AAUGUGGUUGUUGUGAACGUCACAAAUUUGAGGACGGGCACAGAAUCAGAUAAUCAGAAAACAAUGGUGGCAGUAGCAGUAGGAAGAGGCCUUCCUAUUCAAACACGCUCUUUAUUCAACAGUAAGAGCAUAUAUAGAGCUUCACCAGCAGGAAGAGUCUCGUGGCUUGGGCAUUCUGCUGCUGCCACUCCACGUCAUAGAAAAACUUGCGUAGCAGCGCAACAGCGACCUACAUGGCUCCCAGGACUUGAUCCCCCACCUUAUCUUGAUGGAACUCUGGCUGGAGAUUUUGGAUUUGACCCACUUGGGCUUGGAGAGGAUCCUGAUACCUUAAGGUGGUAUGUGCAGGCAGAGCUGGUUCAUUCCCGUUUUGCAAUGCUUGGGGUAUUGGGAAUUCUUGUGACAGAUCUGCUUCGCGUCACAGGAGUUAGUAAGAUACCGGUUUGGUUUGAAGCUGGUGCAGUAAAAUACGACCUUGCCAAUACACAGACACUCUUCAUUGUUCAACUACUUCUGAUGGGGUUUGCCGAAACAAAAAGGUACAUGGAUUUUGUUAGUCCUGGAUCUCAAGCUAAAGAGGGGUCCUUCUUUGGACUAGAAGCUUCACUGGAAGGAUUAGAGCCAGGGUACCCAGGGGGUCCUCUGCUAAAUCCUCUUGGCCUAGCUAAAGACAUUAAAAACGCUCAUGAUUCGAAGCUUAAAGAGAUUAAAAAUGGUCGACUUGCAAUGGUGGCAAUGGUUGGUUUCUUUGUACAAGCUUCGGUGACUCACGUUGGACCAAUUGAGAACCUUGUGGAGCAUCUUUCCAAUCCAUGGCAUAAAACUAUUAUUCAGACCAUUGCGAAUUCUAGUUCUUAGUUCUACCAAGUGCUGUAUGGCUUGGACUUAUCCAUAAAACGAAAUUUCUUUUAAUUUUUCCACCUUAACCUCAUUGAGGUCAAGGAUCAAGUUUAGAUGUAGUUGUCUUGAAGCAAAUGUAUUCUAAUUCAUUUUCAAUCGACUUAAUUGUUUGUUUAGGCUUUUGGGGGGAAUAAAUGACUCAAAAUCUGAUGAUUAAAGUGUUUUCCA